GCCCCAUGGCCGAGCCAGAGUACUCCGAGUACUCCGAGUACUCCGACCUGAUCGCCAAACACUACAACUACACGGGGAAGUACCGGCAGCCGUCGGCGGCGUCGGCGCGGCUGAAGGCCGACUCCGUGGUCUUCAUCAUCGUGUGCGUCUUCAUCGUGCUGGAGAACGUGCUCGUGCUCGCCACCAUCUGGCGCACCAAGAAGUUCCACAAGCCCAUGUACUACUUCAUCGGCAACCUGGCGCUGUCCGACCUGCUGGCCGGGGGCGUGUACACCGCCAACAUCCUGCUGUCGGGCGCCAACACGUACCGCCUCACGCCCACGCAGUGGUUCUUCCGCGAGGGCAGCAUGUUCGUGGCGCUGGCGGCGAGCGUGUUCAGCCUGCUGGCCAUCGCCAUCGAGCGCCACCUGACCAUGCUGCAGAUGAAGCUGCACAACGGCGGCAGCGCGGCGCGCGUCUUCCUGCUGAUCAGCGGCGUGUGGAUGGUGGCGGCCGUGCUGGGCGGGCUGCCCGGCGCCGGCUGGAACUGCGUGCGGCGCGUGACGCGCUGCUCCACCGUGCUGCCGCUCUACCACAAGACCUACAUCCUGUUCUGCACCACCGUGUUCAGCGUGAUCCUCGCCGCCAUCGUGGUGCUCUACGCUCGCAUCUACGCGCUGGUCCGCACGCGCAGCCGCAAGCUCGUCUUCCGCAAGGUGUCCAACGGGCGCGGUGGCGGUGGCGGUAGCGGCGCGGCCGGCGGCGGCGUUGGCGCGCGGAGCUCGGAGAAGUCUCUGGCGCUGCUGAAGACGGUGAUCAUCGUGCUGAGCUGCUUCAUCGCCUGCUGGGCGCCGCUCUUCGUGCUGCUGCUGCUGGACGCGGCGUGCGAGACGCGGCGCUGCCCGAUCCUCUACAAGGCCGAGUGGUUCCUGGCGCUCGCCGUGCUCAACUCGCCGCACGGCCAUCCCUUACACGCUUUAGCCACAAAGUCAGCUGCUGACGACGCUACGCACAGCGGCACGGAGGCCAGGCGCCCGUAAGCGCUUCCGAGGCCUCGCGCCGCCAUGGCGCCCGUAGAGUUCAGCCGCAGCAAGUCGGAUAACUCGUCCCACCCCCAGCGGGACGCCGAGGACUCGCCGAGGGAGACCACCACCACCACGGGGAACGUGUGAGGCGGUUAUGGCGAGAGAAAGGCUGUUCUCCUGGAGCGUUCGUACGAAAACACAACGUAACGUAACGCUCCGGACGCAUUUAUUACUGUCAGGCGUUCAUGUCCCGGGUUUGGUGUUUUAAGCCCCCAAUGUUGUCUUCAAGGUACUAGGAUUAGGCUUAAGCCCCCAAUGUUGUCUUCCAGGAACUAGGAUUAGGCUUAAGCCCCCAAUGUUGUCUUCAAGGUACUAGGAUUAGGCAAUGGUUAAGGUUAGGUGCCUUGAAGUCAUAGACAGUAUAUAUAUAAACUGGACCACCAGACCAGUGAAGGAUAUCAGAAGUCUCUUUCCCGGUGCUGGCUGAGCGUUACUGAGCAGCCUCCAGCUGAGCUUGAAGACGUAGAUGCAGGGCCGGUCCUAGACUUUUGGGGGGCCCUAAGCAGGAUUUGGUUUGGGGGGACUCUCCACAUUGUAACAUGCUGCCACUGCACUUGGCACUAAACAACUUGCGUAUUGUAAAUAUUAGUUUAAGCACUCAUAAUGAACAG